CACUUCUCUUUUUUGGUGAGCGGCGAUUAAUGCGCGGAGUUUUGAAAUUUUCUUCGUCUUCCAAGUUGCGCUGCGCGAGACGAGACGGCCCGAUUUCGACUCGAGCAUCUGGCUCCGGGGGGAUUGAUUCGAUCGAUCGGCGAGGCAGGGCGGACGCGGUCGUGGGAUUUUUAUCGCUUUUGAGAGGAGCGGGGGUUGAGUGAUUCGGUUUUUGUCAUCGUUGUCGCGGGCGGUUGGAGGAUUAAUUCCGCUGGAGGGAGGUCCAUUUUUAGGGCGGUGGCGGCGCGAUCGGUCCGGGGAUUGGGAGGCUUGCUUUUUCUAGGGCGAGGGCGGCCGCGGCGACCACCACCACGAUCGACAGCCCCGCGCUCUCGGCCUGCGUCGCCGCCGCGCGCGCGUGAAGGAGGAAGAGGCUGCGGAGGAUGGCAGGGAGCAUGCAGGCCGCGGAGGCGGCGGGGCGGCUCAGCGCGCUGCUGUCGCUGCUCGCGCUGCGGCGGAUCCUCGCCCUGCUCCAGCCGCUCGUCCUGCUCCUUCUCCUGCCCUUCCGGUGGCGCGCGCGGCCGGGCGCCGUCGCCGUGGCCGCGGCGGACGCCGUGGCCGCGUCGGCGCCGUCGAGCGGGAAGAAGGGGAAGGCCGUCGUGCUGCGGGUGCCGGCCGGGUCACCGAUCGUGGCCGCGCGGCGGCAGGCGUCGGCGCGCCGGGAGGUCGCCGCGCGGCGGGCGCGCGAGGCCGGCCGGGAGUACGAGCUCAUCCCCACCCAGCGCGGCGAGACUCUGUUCACGCAGUGCUGGUGGCCCCACGCAUCCUCCUCCACCAUUAAGCCAAGGGCGCUCGUCGUAGUCAUGCACGGGUUGAACGAACACAGUGGGAGGUAUGAUCAUCUAGCUAGGAGGUUGAACGACAUCGGUAUCAAGGUUUAUGGGAUGGAUUGGACUGGUCAUGGUGGAAGUGAUGGUCUUCAUGGAUACGUGCAAUCUCUUGACCAUGCUGUCAGUGACUUGAAAAUGUAUCUCAAGAAAGUUUUAGCUGAUAACCCUGGUCUUCCAUGCUUCUGUUUUGGCCAUUCAACUGGUGGAGGCAUCAUUUUGAAGGCUGUGCUUGAUCCAGAGGUAGAGACUUGUGUUAAGGGUAUCGUCUUGACAUCACCAGCUGUUCGUGUUCAGCCUGCGCAUCCAAUCAUAAAGGUCAUGGCCCCAGUUUUUGCCCUCAUAGCACCAAGGUACCAGUUCACAGCUUCACACAGGAACGGGCCACCGGUAUCUCGUGACCCUGAAGCACUGAAAGCAAAAUAUUCAGACCAGCUUGUGUUCACCGGUGCCAUCCGAGUCAGAACAGGCUAUGAGAUCCUACUCCUGACAUCGUAUUUGCAACAGCACUUGCACAGGAUCACUGUCCCGAUGCUGGUGCUGCAUGGCGCGGACGACAUGGUGACCGAUCCCGAAGGAUCACAGAAACUGUACCAAGAAGCUUCAUCCUCGGACAAGUCCCUCAAUCUUUACAACGGGCUGCUGCACGAUCUCCUCAUCGAGCCUGAGAAGGAGAAGAUCAUGGGUGACAUUGUGGAUUGGUUGAGCCCGAGAAUUUGACAGCUGAUAUCCAUUCAAUAGGACACGGUCUCUGAUCAUCCGCGGAGCGCGAGGGGGCAGGAAUGCGCAUCCCGGCCUCCCGAUGGUGAUGACGCGGUUUGAUCAUCCUCUACAGAGCUCGAGGAGGGCGAGCAGUGCUGCAAUGCCGCCGGCCCUCCCGGCGUUCAUAACAUCAUCAUACCACGACGACCAUUGCUUCUACUUAUGUUACGUGUUGCUGCUGUACCAGGCGAUGGGUCGGCCUACUACUGUCGCUGGCCAGCCAUGGUAUCCCGGAAAAUUUUUUUUGGCAAGGGAUACGCCUGUGUAAGAUGUUCGUAUCGUAUCGCCCUGUGUGGCUGCAUGUGUGGUGUCCAAUAAUUUAGAAUGCCCUUUCCCCUCCGAUGUGGGGUGACGUUUUCUGCGUCGCAAUGUAAUCAGAUUUUGCAGCAGAAUCUAUAUAUUUCCCUGGAUUGCCUGAGA